AGCGGAGAUAUCGUGACUUUUCUUUUUUUUAUAUAUAUAAACCACCCUAAUUGUAUGUACUGAGUAUACGUGCUCUUGUAACUAGCUGCCAAAUCGGCUUCAACUUUCGCACCGCCGUCAUUAUUUACGCGAAAAUGACAUGUUUCGUCGCUAACGUUAGGUCUACUUAAGACCGCGAUCCCAAGAAAAUAGCAAAAAAGAGACGCCCCUGGUACGUAAGAUUUUGCACUAUAUCAUUGAACUUUAUUUAUACAUAUGUCUUUGCGCAUUUUUUUAUUCGAUCUACUUACGUUACGUGAUUUAAGAGUUCAUACCGGUAGCCGUCUGCUACGAAGAAGCGGUUCUACCGCUCUCCUGGCCAAUCACUUCUGCCAGUAACCAUUUCUGCAGUUCUGAGUCUUCCCAACAUGCCUCUCUCCAUGCAGAUGGCGUUGAUAAAAGCGGGCGCGAAAUCCGACGUUUCGUCUGUCACCAGCGAUAUCCCUUUCAAUCCAAUCAAUUCAUUUUCUCCAAAAAUGGACUGGCACCCAGUAACUAAGGGUGAGGUAUAAAUACUGGAUGGCCUACAAUAAUAGCCGUAUUUCGACCUAUGAUUGGCUAGAUACCUCAAAAAGUAGGUGGAGCCUAAAGUAUAUGCAGGUCCCAUUAAGGGCCAGACUCCUUUUUAACACACGGCACUAUAGCCUCUGGUGACCCCUUCGAGGGGUACGUUGGGAACAAGCACUCCAUAUAGGACGGUACGCUUUUCUCGUAUCUGAGAGAUGUUCAAAGUGCGCCUGACAGUAAGACGAUAAACGGCACAGCGACCACAACGGCGCAGGUGCGGGAAAGUCGCGAACUCGGCCCUGUAUCUUUGGCGUGCAAGAUCGAGAGGGACGAGACGUCAGACUAGAAUAUAUUUCACGUACAUUUUUUUUCAACACUUUGAUUAAUAUUUCUUAGAAACACUCGAAGAAACUCCAUGUUCUUCCAACUUCCCUGCCUACCCAAAUGGGUGUUGUUUGCUUACGCAUACAUGGUAUCCUUGCUGACCGGCUGGGGUCCUCCGGCUGACUCUUACUACGACACUGAUGCACUAAUCGACAGUUAUGACUUUCUCGUUGUCGGAGGUGGAUCCGCUGGAAGCGUUCUUGCCAACAGACUCAGUGCAAACCCAGGCGUCCGUGUCUUACUUAUCGAGGCUGGAGCAGGACCCAGUGCUGCCAUUGAAGUACCGUCGCUAUUUGGCGCACACAACACUUGUCCUCACGACUGGAACUACAGGACAGUUCCUCAAAAGAAUGCAUGUCUUGGACUUGACGAGCAGCGGAGCAGAUGGACGAGAGGAAAGGUGCUUGGUGGUUCAAGUGCGAUUAAUGCGAUGGUGUUUGUUCGGGGUAACAAACGUGACUACGACCAGUGGGCCGAAAACGGCGCUACAGGAUGGUCCUACAAAGACGUCCUUCCAUAUUUCAAAAGCAUCGAGUCUUUCAAUAUCCCGGAAUACGCUGAGAAUGGCUAUCAUGGCAAGGAGGGGGAACUGCCAAUCAAUUAUGCGUCGGUCCACUCUGCUGCGAGUGAUGCGUUCUUAGAAGCCUGCAAAGAACUGGGCUACGAGCACGUGGAUUACAAUGGACCUUCUCAAACAGGCUGUUCUAGGGUUCAAUUCAACAUUCGCGAUGGUCGACGAGUCAGCUCAGCGAAAGCAUUCAUCUUGCCAGUUGUGAAGCAGCGCCCUAACUUGCACGUGUCUUUGAGAAGCACCGCGACGAAGAUUGAGUUUGAAGGAAAACAAGCGGUCGGUGUCCAUUUUGAGAAAGAUGGUGCACAUCACUAUGUUCGAGCAACUAGAGAAGUUGUAUUAUCGGCAGGAGCUGUUGCUUCGCCUCAGCUACUCAUGCUGUCCGGUGUUGGACCCAAAGACCAUCUUCGAGACCUCAAGAUUGACGUCGUAGCAGACCUCCCUGUUGGUCAAAACCUUCAAGACCACGCCUUCGUCGGUGGCCUAGCUGCGACUGUUCAUCCGGAUUCAACGCUGCAGACACGUACUCUCUCGGCAUUAUUCAGCUAUUUCCUUCACCGAGACGGUCCGAUGUCGAUACCGGCUGGUGUCGAAGGGCUAGCAUUCCUGCACACUCCCUUCGUGAACGCUAGCCUCGAUUUUCCGGAUAUUGAACUUAUUUACGCGGCGAACCCACCCUCAAGUGAAGAAUCAGAGGGGUUUUACAGAGAUUUGGGAUUCAAGCAAGAGGCGUAUAACAAGUACUUUUUGCCAAAGAGGGGAGAAGACGGUGUUCAGUUUUUCACCGUCUUAAAUAGACUGAAGUCUACAGGCGAGAUUAAGCUGAAAAGUACCAAUCCCUACGAGCAUCCACUGAUCGAUCCAAAGUAUUUCUCACACCCGGAGGACAUCCUGGUCGCCAUCGAAGCCGCAAAGAAAACGUUGGAAGUCUUCGACAGCAAAGCCAUGAAGUUAUUGGGAGCAAAACGGUGGGACAUUCCUUUUCCCGGCUGCGAGGACAAAACACACUGGAGUGACGAAUACUUGGAAUGUCUCGCGCGACAUCUAACCUUCACGACGUGGCACUUCUGCGGAACGUGUGCCAUGGGCGACGACGAAAACGCCGUUGUUGACCCCAGGCUCAGGGUCCGAGGAGGCGUGUCAAAUUUACGUGUCAUUGAUGCUUCUGUAAUGCCUUACAUAGUUACCGGAAACCUCAAUGCUCCCACGAACAUGAUAGGGGCCAAGGGAGCUGCAAUGAUCCUGGAAGAUCAUGGUCUCGCUGUCGCUCAGGGGUGCCGAUGCUGUGUGUCAUCAGUCGAGUCUCCACAAUCAACAUCUAAUAGUGAAGUUAAUAUUUUUAGCAAUAUAAUGGCUUGCCAUAUUCCAUUUCAUUUCCAUUUCCAUUCAUCCAACUGGAUUUAUGUUGUUUACGCCUACGUCCUAUCGUUACUGGCCUGCUUGAAUCCCCCGCCGGAUUGCUACUAUAACGCAGACAGACUGAUCGACCACUACGACUUCAUCAUCGUGGGAAGCGGCUCGGCUGGAAGCGUUGUGGCCAAUAGGCUUAGCGCCAACCCUGCCAUCCGGGUGCUCCUGCUUGAAGCUGGCGGAGCUCCGAACGCCGGAACCGAAAUACCGGCUGUGUUCUGUUUCCACGACAACUGCCCUUAUGAUUGGAAAUACAAAACAGUUCCACAAAAGGACGCUUGCCUUGGUUUUGAAGAGCAGAGGAGCAAGUGGACAAGAGGAAAAGUGCUCGGAGGCAGCAGUGCCAUUAAUGCAAUAAUGGUAGUGCGAGGCAACAAACGCGACUAUGACACGUGGGCUGCAAACGGUGCGACGGGGUGGUCCUACGAAGAAGUUCUGCCGUAUUUUAAGAGCAUCGAGUCUUUCAACAUUUCGGAAUAUGCCAACAAUGGUUACCACGGUACGGACGGUGAGCUACCUAUCAAUUACGCUUCUACGCCUUCUGCUACAAGUGUCGCCUUCCUGCAAGGCUGCCGCGAGCUGGGCUAUAGAAACCUUGAUUACAAUGGACCCAUUCAGACAGGGUCUUCCAGGGUUCAGUUCAACAUGCAAGACGCUCGACGAGUCAGUGCUGCGAUGGCAUAUAUUCGACCAAUUGUGAAUCAGCGUCCCAACUUGCAUAUCAGCUUAAGAAGCACAGCAACGAAGGUUGAAUUUGAAGGGAAACGUGCAGUGGGUGUGCACUUUGAGAAGAAUGGCACGCACUACUACAUCAGAGCAUGUAAGGAAGUCAUUUUAUCGGCCGGCGCUAUUGGUUCUCCUCAGUUGCUGAUGUUAUCGGGUGUUGGACCUAAAGGACACCUGGAAGAACAUAAGAUUGAAGUCGUAACGGACCUUCCAGUUGGUCAAAACCUCCAGGACCACCCCUUCAUUGGUGGAUUGGCCGCGUCUGUAGCGCAAGACGCCGUGACCCAUGCCCCGCCCCUCUCGCCCUUCACGAGCUACUUCGAGCACAAGAGCGGACCACUAUCAUUACCAGCAGGUAUCGAAGCACUAGCUUUGGUGAACACUCCUUUGAUAAACUCAAGUCUGGAUUACCCUGAUAUUGAGCUCAUAUAUGUGGGUGCCUCGCCAACCAGUGUAGAAUUUGAGGCCUUCUUGAAAGACCUCGGAUACAAGCAGAUGGUGUAUGACAAGUACUUCUUGCCAAAGAGGGGCCAGAGCGCCUUCCAAAUUUAUGCCAUGUUAAACAGAGCUAAAUCUACGGGUGAAAUCAAGCUGAAGAGCACGGAUCCUUAUGAUCACCCAGUCAUCGACCCCAAAUACUUAUCGCAUCCAGAGGACAUCAUGUUGGCCAUUGAGGGUGCGAAGAAAGCGCUGGCAGUCAUCGACAGCAACGCCAUGAAAUCGUUCGGAGUAAAGAGGUGGGAUAUUCCCUUCCCUGGAUGCGAGGAGAAAGUGCUUUGGAGUGACGAGUACCUGGAGUGUCUCGUGCGACAUUUAACCCACACAACAUGGCACUUCUGCGGGACCUGUGCCAUGGGCACAGAUAAGAACGCCGUAGUUGACGAGAGACUGAGAGUGCGAGGAGGUGUAACAAACCUGCGUGUCAUCGAUGCCUCUGUGAUGCCCAACAUAGUUACUGGACACCUCAACAUUCCCACGCAGAUGAUCGGAGCCAAGGGAGCUGCGAUGGUACUGGAAGAUCAUGGUUUGCGUUUCGAGCUUUGAAGCAAUCUUUGCUUC